GAUUGUGGAAAGUAUUUCACUCGAAUAUCGAAUUUAAAUCGACAUCAGUGAACUACACAUGGAUCAGAAUCCUCACGUUGUCCGACAUGCGGUAAAAGCUUUAACAGAAGGGAUAGCUAUUUACGUCACAUUAGAAGUCACUCCAGAAUUUUAGGUCGGGAAUCCCAACAUGGCAAUCCUGAAAUGGAGGAUCAUCCACAAGCUUCGAACAACAUCGACAAAGAAAAUGUAAACCCUAAUUCCAAAAUUCAACUUGGCAGCGGAGAUUCAUCAAAUAGCCCUAAAGCUGAUGACACAAAUGAAGAAUGUAUCACCGAGGAAGAUGCCAUUAAGGGAAAUUUAAAGAAAAUAUUCUUAGAGGCUACCGAUAAAAGUAAAUACGAUCCUAUGACUUUCUUAAAAAUCAAAGAAGAGACAAUCAGAUCAAUUCUGAAAGAAGAACGCUUCAAAAGAAAAAGAAUGAAGUUUUACCUUACCUUACAAGUUCGUUUCACCAAGACCAGAGGGGAUCAAAUUGAGCAUGCUGAACCCUUUUUCCACGGACGCUGUCACAUAGUUCUCAAAAACGAAGACAUCGAUUCUGCACUAAGGGAGAGCAUCAUGAAAAUUGUUAACUCUUUUGUUGAAUACCAAAGAGAAGGUAGUAACUGGGCACUGGACAAAGUUCUGGGAGUCAACAUCCAUAUCGUCCAAUAUAAACCGAUAAAAGGUUCGAGUUUCCUACCGCUGCCACUAAAACUAGCAAACAAGAAAGCCAUCAUCAAUGUUCAGAAUGCUGAUUAAAAAUGCUUCAUGUGGUCAGUGUUGGCAUCCCUUUACCCAGUAACAAAGAAUCCCCAACGUGUCAUUAAUUACAUUCAGCACGUCGACAAACUCGAUUUUACAGACGUCCCAUUUCCUGUCAGAAUUGGAGAUAUUCCCAAGUUUGAAAAGAAAAAUGACAUCUCCAUCAAUGUGUUUGGCUACGAAAAACGAGAAAUCUAUCCCCUUCAUCUUACCAAAGAGAGGGGUUUGCCUCACGUAGAUCUUGUCGUCUUGAACAAGGGGGAAAACUCUCAUUACUGUUUGAUUAAAGAUUUCGAUAGACUUCUUAAUGAUGGUCAAAAAGGAAACGAAUUGUUUCACUGCAACUACUGUCUGCAUGGGUUUACAAGCAAACGCCUCCUCCAAAAACACGUGUCCUAUUGUCAAGUACAUGGUGCCCAGCGGACGGAAAUGCCCACAGAGGAAAACAAAUGGCUUGAGUUUACUGAUGUCUCCAAGCAACUUAAAGUUCCGUUUGUCGUUUAUGCAGACUUUGAAAGCAUCCUCGAGAGGAAUUAUGGCUGUCAACCGGAUCCCAGCAAGUCGUCCACUAUCAAAUUAGCUAAGCAUGUACCCUCUGGGUUUACAUAUAAAGUUGUUGGAAUUUCGCCGGAGAUCUCAGAAAAUCACGUCACCUAUCGUGGUCUUAAUGCUGUCGACGUCUUCAUUGACCAUAUGGUUAAACUCGAAGAUCGACUUGUGAAGGUCCUACACAAUCCAAAACCCAUGGAUCUGUCUGACGAAGAGGUAAAGGCUUUCCGAAAAGCGACUGAUUGUAACAUCUGCAACCGAAAACUGAAGGGUGAUGCCGUUCGUGAUCACUGUCACUUGACAGGAAAAUUUAGGGGUGCAGCUCAUAGUUCCUGUAAUUUAAACUUUAAAUUGAGAGAAAGAAUCCCGGUAUUCUUUCAUAAUCUCAAAGGCUACGAUGCUCAUCACAUCAUGAGUGCUAUCGGCAAGUGCAAACACAAAAAGAUCAAUGGUAUCCCCCAAAACCACGAAAAGUAUAUUUCUUUUUCGUUAGGGAGACUAGAUUUUGUCGACACUUUCCAAUUUAUGUCUACGUCUCUUGACAAGCUCUCUAACAAUCUGGCUAAAGAGGGCUUACACAAAUUUCCUCACCUUGAAGCAUAUGUUGCCUCCACUCAUCCCGGAAACGAGACAACAAAGUUCCAAUUGCUCAGUAGAAAGGGAGUGUACCUGUACCGCUACAUGAACUCCUUUAAACGAUUCCAAGAGGCGACACUUCCACCACAACAGGCUUUCUACAACGACUUAGACGGAAAGACCAUUUCUGAUCAGGACUACUUACACGCACAGUGGGUUUGGGACGUAUUUCAAAUUAAAAAUUUAGGGCAAUAUCACGAUCUGUACAUGGAGACAGACGUGCAUCUUCUGGCAGACGUGUUUGAAAAUUUCCGAAGUCUAUGCUUAGACAUGUAUGGUCUCGAUGCGGCUCAUUUUUACACGGCCCCGGGAUUACCCUGGCAGGCCGCUCUGAAAAUGACGGGUGUGGAGCUCGAGUUACUAACCGAUCCGGACAUGCAUCUUUUCGUGGAAAAGGGGCUCAGAGGUGGUAUUGCUAUGAUUUCUAAAAGGUACGCGAAAGCUAAUAAUCAGUAUCUUAACGACUACGAUCCCCAUCAACCUUCGAACUAUCUAAUGUAUUUAGAUGCUAACAAUCUCUACGGGUGGGCCAUGAGUCAGCCUCUUCCAACUCACGAUUUUUGUUGGCUAACCCCUGAAGACAUUGAAACAAUCGACGUCAAUACCGUCCCUACGGAGGGGGAAACUGGCUAUGUCUUUGAAGUAGAUCUGAAAUAUCCCUCUGAAUUGCAUGACUGUCACAGUGAUUAUCCUUUAGCCCCUGAAUCAUUUAAAAUAGAGCCGGAAAUGCUUUCGCCUUAUCAGAAAGAACUUUUGACAGAGCUUGGAAUGAAAGAAGGCUCUGCGAUCAAAUUAGUCCCCAAUCUUUUUGAUAAAGAGAAAUAUGUCGUCCACUACAGAAAUUUACAACUCUACCUGGCUUUGGGAAUGAGACUGACCAAAGUCUAUCGGGUACUGUCAUUCAAACAAAGUCCUUGGCUAAAAGCUUACAUUGAUUUCAAUACGAGCAUGCGUAAACGGGCUAAGAACGAGUUUGAAAAGGAUUUUUUCAAACUCAUGAAUAAUAGUGUCUUUGGAAAGACCAUGGAAAAUCUGCGUAAGAGAGUGGAUAUUCAACUUGUUCACCACAAGAAGAGGCUCUUAAAGCUCUCGGCUAAACCUGGAUUCAAAGUGUUCAAGAUCUUCAACGAAGAUCUUGCCUCUGUUGAACUUAGCAAACAAAAAUUGGUCCUCAAUAGACCAAUUUAUGUGGGAUUUUCCAUUUUGGAACUUUCCAAAGUCUUGAUGUACGAUUUCCACUAUAGUUACAUCAAAAAAAGGUAUGGUGAUCGCGCCGCUCUCUGCUUUACAGACACAGACUCUUUGUGCUACGACAUAUCCACCGAGGAUGUGUAUGUAGACAUGAAGGAGAGUCAGCAUUGCUUUGAUUUCAGUGAUUACCCCGAAACACAUUUUCUUCAUAGCGAUGUCAACAAAAAGGUCUUAGGUAAAAUGAAGGAUGAAUGUCAAGGUCAUAUCAUGCGAGAAUUCGUUGUUCUAAAGCCCAAGAUGUACAGUUUCAUUUACGAAAAGAAAAUAGUUCAGAACGAGAACGAAUUUAUUUGUCAAGAAGAAAAGAAAAGAGCCAAGGGCGUGAAAAAGGCAGUCGUGCAAUCGAGCAUACAACACGAAACUAUAAAAAUUGUCUUUUAA